AUGCCUCCUAAACGAAAACGCUCAAACGAUGGGGACGACCAGGACCGCGACACGCGAAGCAAGCGCUUCGCGUACCUGAAGCCCCAAGUCCGCCAAAUAUCGGAGCGAACUAUCAAGUCAAAAUGGACGACGCUGCCCGAACCUAUCCAAGAUAAGGUCCGCGACAUGUUUAGAGCUCUCGAACGUCCUGUGAUUGUACGACAGCAGAGUGAGCGCAAGCGCAUCGAGGCUCAAGCCGCUGUCCAGGCUGUUGUGAAAAAUCUCGGCAAAAGACUGCCUAGGAUGCCAUUCCCACCGAUCACGAAGGACUCGGCUUUCGAGUACGAAGCGGCGCUUAAGGAGCAUCGUGCUCUCGAAACGAAUCUAGCCACAGUGUCGGAUAGCAUCGAUCUUCUGAAAACUGAAAUUGAAAAAGAAGAGGCUAUGCUUGCGAAGGAAACAAAGCAGCUGCUUGAAAUGGAGAAGAAUGCGAAGAGAGCAGAGGCCGAGAGAAAGAGGCAGCUGAAAAAUGAACACCCCGUGCUCCGCCGUCUUAAUGAUACCCCCAACAACACAGAUCAGGAGCAGGCUCACCUCCAUGUUUCCAUUGACAAGGAUUCCCAGACAACGUUUGACGAGCUGGAGAAUGAUCCUGAAGUUCUCGUUCUAUUGAAGCAGCUGAAUGGCCAUCUUCGAUCGAUGCAGAACAACACAGCUCCGCUUACUGGACUGAAAGAUGCCAUUACACGGUCUGAUGCAGCUUUAAGUCUGACCUCCCUUUCUGGGGAUUGA